AUGAGCCAAGCCAACCUCUACUCCUUCCCGGCCGUGGACGCCCUGGCGCCGGCCCUCCGGGCCUACGUCAUCCAAGCCCAAAACGCCGGCAUCGCACGCCAUGGUGUCUUCAAGGUCGCGGUGUCAGGCGGCUCGCUGCCCAAGACCCUCGCGCAAGCCCUCCUGCCAGCUCCUUCCUCGGACGCCGACACCGUCCACUGGGACAAGUGGGAGAUCUUCUUCGCCGACGAGCGUGCCGUGCCCCUCGACCACGCCGACUCCAACUACGGCCUGCUCAAGACCGAGCUACUCGACAAACUGCCACCCUCCACCACCCAACCCACCGUCCACCCAAUCGACACCAACCUGCUCGACGACACACAGGAACUCGCCGACCAGUACGAGCAAGUCCUCGUACACAGCUUCGCGGGCCGGGACUCAGUGCGCCUACCCAUCUUCGACCUCCUGCUCCUGGGGUGCGGACCCGACGGCCACACCUGCUCGCUGUUCCCCGGCCACGAGUUAUUGCGUGAAACCGACGCGUGGGUCGCGCCCAUCGAGGACUCGCCCAAGCCGCCCCCGCGCCGGGUCACGCUGACGCUGCCUGUGGUGACACACGCUGUGAAGGUGGCGUUUGUGGCUACGGGGGCGGGGAAGAAGGAGGUGAUGAAGGAGAUUUUUGAGGGGGGGAAUGGUUUGCCUUGUGCGUUGGUUAAUGAAGGUGCUGGGGACCGCGCUAGUUGGUUUGUGGAUGAUCCGGCUGUGGAGGGGGUUACGUAUGUGAGGAGGCCGUUUAACUUGUAA